UGAGGUGGCUCCCAAUGAGCAAGCCAAAGAUAAACACGUAGCCAAGACGGAACAGGGGCCAAGACAUUAAACAUUGUAGAGAGGCCGCCGUGGAACCGUCGAAAUGGAGUAGCCGGUGAGGAGACUGAGACAGCAGCAGGCAAGGAGACAGUCGUCGGAUCGACCGAGGAGCAAGUCGCCCGCAGACAUCGAGUCGUAUCUGUAGCUGAGUCCAAAAUGGUAAGAGCAGCCUUGGUGACUGCCACCAGCCUGGCGCUGACUGGGGCCGUGGUGGCACACGCUUACCUCCUCAAACACCAGUUCUACCCAACUGUGGUCUACCUCACCAAGAGCAGCCCCAGCAUGGCGGUGUUGUACAUUCAGGCCUUUGUGCUGGUGUUUCUGCUGGGCAAGUUCAUGAGAAAGGUCUUUUUUGGAACGCUGAGAGCUGCAGAAAUGGAGCACCUCAUCGAGCGCUCCUGGUAUGCCGUCACCGAGACCUGCCUGGCGUUCACCGUGUUCAGGGACGACUUCUCCCCUCGCUUCGUCGCCCUCUUCACCCUCCUGCUCUUCCUCAAGUGCUUCCACUGGCUGGCCGAGGACCGGGUGGACUUUAUGGAACGGAGUCCUAACAUCUCCUGGGUUUUUCACUUUAGAGUAUUGUCUCUCAUGGGACUGCUGGCUGUGCUGGACUUCCUGUUUGUCAACCAUGCCUGUCACAGCAUCAUCACCAGAGGAGCCUCUGUACAGCUUGUUUUUGGAUUUGAGUACGCCAUCCUGAUGACCAUGGUGCUGACGACCUUCAUCAAGUACGUUCUGCACACCGUCGACCUGCAGAGUGAGAACCCCUGGGACAACAAGGCCGUCUACAUGCUCUACACCGAGCUCUUCACAGGUUUCAUCAAAGUGCUCCUGUACAUCGCCUUCAUGACCAUCAUGAUAAAGGUCCACACCUUCCCCCUAUUUGCCAUUCGCCCCAUGUAUCUGGCUAUGAGGCAAUUCAAGAAGGCUGUAACAGAUGCCAUAAUGUCUCGGAGAGCCAUCCGCAACAUGAAUACACUAUACCCUGAUGCUACUCCUGAAGAUCUGCAGGCUUCCGACAACGUGUGCAUUAUCUGUCGGGAGGAAAUGGUCACUGGAGCCAAGAAACUACCCUGUAAUCACAUUUUCCACUCCAGCUGCUUGCGCUCGUGGUUCCAGCGGCAGCAGACCUGUCCCACCUGUCGCAUGGACGUCCUCCGAGCUUCCAACAACAAUCCGACUCCUGCACCGGCCCAGGCUCCGCCCCCUGCUCCGGCCGCGCCCGCCAAUGCGCCCGCAGCCCCGCCUGUUAACGUGGCUCCAGGUAUGUUACCGGGCUUCCCUCCCGGCAUCUUCCCUUUCUGGGGUCCCUUCCCUGCAGUGCCUCCUCCUCCUCCCCCUCCCGCUGGUGCUGCAGCAGGUGAAGCUCCCGGGGCAACUGAUGCUCCACACAGCAGCACAGAAGCCACACAGGCAGCUGGCACCAGCCAGCCCACAUCGUCCACUGCAGACACCUCUGCAGCAGCAGCUGCUCCAGGAUCAGCGAUCCCAGGCUUCCCUUUCUCCUUCCCCCCUCCUCCCUUCCCCACCGCACCAUGGCUGCCAAUGCCUCCACCUCCUCCCUUCGUGUCGUCGAUGCCUCCCCCUCCUCCGUCUCUAGCGCGGAUGUCCGAGGAGGAGCUCCGGGAGCUGGAGGCCGAGGGCCGGCGGGGCCUCGAGGCCCGACUCCAGUGUCUCCAGAACAUCCACACACUGCUGGACGCCGCCAUGCUCAACAUCCACCACUACCUCAGCACCGUCGCCACACUCACUCCGCCUCGGGCUGAAGGCAGCACUGGAGAAGCCAGUGGGACAAACCCCUCUGCGUCGUCCCCUGCAGCUGGCAGCAGCACAGAGAGUCCCAGCCAGGAGACGGACUCUCCCAGCUUAGAUCAAGUGAACGGUGCCACGGUCUCCUCUCAGCCCGCCGACUCCACCUCUGCUGCCUUGGAAACGGAGAGGAAAGAAAAGAUGGACGACGAAGCAGCUGAGGACGACGACGUCGACGGCGGAGAACCGAGCGCUGCCGAGCUGAGGCGCCGGCGCCUCCGCAAACUGGAAUCGGCCUCGUCGUCGUCAUCGCCCCCUCCGGACAACUGAUCCAUGGUGUUGUGACUCGGACAUUUCGCUCCGGACCAACAGGAACUCUGAGCCCAUCCAUCUUCUCUCUGGUUCCUCACUGCGUCUGCUCCUCGUGGCUCUCGCCUUCCACAGGCUCAGGUCUCUAACCGCGUCGAGUUGGACUCAGGCUGCGGAGAGACGCAGUCGGUCUCUCGUGAAGAUUCUUUAGCGCUUACCCAGACUGUCUCUGUGUCCGAAAAGCAAUAGCGCAACUUUUUUUUCUUCUUCUCAUCAGCUUUCUCCCCAGAACGACUACUGCGAUAACAACGCUGCAGGUGUUCGUAAGUGUAAUUAGGUGAAAGAGGAAAUCUCAAGUCGAAGAUAUUCGAUCACUGUAAGAGAAAUGGUAUUUGGAUUUGUGUUUGCUAGUUUUACUGUCAGUGACAUCUCUGCCUGCUCUUUGAUUUUUUUUUGCUUAAUUCAGCAUUUUCUUCCGUGUAAAUGUGGUCCCCACUCACCCCGUCCACAUGUUACACAGAACCAUCAGUGUCGGAUCAAGUGGAUUCAAAUCAAGGGACUCUAAUCAUCUACUUUUGCUUCUUUUUGCUGUUUUUUUUUUGGCCUUCCAUCAUGCAACAUCCUCCAGUUUUUCUGGUUUCUCCACACUGCAGACGUUGUAACAUACGGAUUUAUUUGAAUGUGUACAUACUGUAUAGAGUUUUAAUAGGAUGAUCUGUACAUAAUGCAGAAUAAACUGUUUGACUGAAA